AUGGCGCAUCCCCCAACGGAUCCCGGCUUCUUCAAAGACUUUGCGAUACACGAUGUGACCUACAAGAGAGUCGGUAUCCAGAAGAUUGAGCUGUCCAUUCUGAUCCCGAAGAUUCUUCUUUCGCAAACGGGCGCCCGAGAAGAAAAGGUGCCCGUUGUUACUCGGUUCCACGGUGGAUUUCUCAUAGGAGGGACGCGAACCUAUUCAGACUGGUUCCCGAAAUGGCUGGUGGAAUUGGCACUCACUCGAAAAGCGAUCUUGGUUACCCCCGAUUAUCGCUUAUUGCCCGAAUCGAACGGCCUUGACAUUCUGUCCGACCUGGACGACUUUUGGGCCUGGAUGCAAAAUGACCUCGCAUCAACAAUUGCCAGUGCUCAGCCCACGUCUUCCAUUCAGCCUGACCUGAGCAAGAUCUUGGUUGCAGGGGAAAGUGCUGGUGGCUAUUUGGCCGCGCAAAGUAUGCUCCUGCACCCAGAGAUUCACAUGUCUGCUGUCAUACUCGUUUACCCAAUGGUCCACCUCCGGGAUCGCUUCUGGGAUGAAAAAUAUGAGAAGCCAAUGUAUGGCGAGAGUGUUCGUUCAUAUGAGCCAGUCGAGCAACACCUACGCACCUUACCCGAUGGGCCGGUCGUCAGCAAUGAUAAGGACCUUGAUCGGGGUUUAGGCUCAAGCCGGUCCGAAAUCGCUUUACGGAUUGUCCAGAAUGGACGAUUCCUGGACUUUUUGGGAAGGGAGUCUAAGGUUUUCCCAAUGGAGAAUAUUCCAAAGGCGACGACGAUGCCCCCUUUUCUCUGGAUCUUCCAUGGUAGACAAGACUCCGCUGUCCCAUUUUAUGGAAGUCAACGGUUUGUCGAGGAGAUUCGUAGUCACAAGCCAGAUGUAAAGGUCCGAUUUGACGAACAUGAUGGUGAUCAUGGAUUCGACGAUGAGUUAACUAUCUCGGAAGGGUGGAUGAAAGAUAGCGUGGCGGAGCUAAGCAAAUACUGGUGA